AUGGUCUGUGUUCUGAGACUGGUUGAUGGGGAAAGAAAACCUGCAAUGGGCUAUAUUUAUGAAGCUAUGGAUAGGGUAAAAGAAACAAUUAUGAAGGCCUUUAAGGAGAAAGAAGAGAAAUAUAAAGAAGUGUUUGAGAUCAUUGAUACGAGAUGGGAAUGUCAACUUCAUUGGCCUUUGCAUGCUGUAAGACAUUAUUUGAAUCCAGAAUAUUUUUAUUCAUAUACAGAUUCAAAUAUCUGUGGAGAAGUAGUGAAUGGUUUGUUUGAAACUAUUGAGAGAUUGAUUCCAAGCGCUGCUGAGCAAGAUAAAAUCACUACCCAACUCUCUAUAUAUCGAAAGGCAGAAGGGCUAUUUGGGAGGAAUGUGACAAUUAGACACAGAAGAGCAUUAUCUCCAGCAGAAUGGUGGCAAUGUUAUGGAGCAAAUACCCCAGAAUUGCAAAAGUUUGCUAUUAAAGUGCUUAGCCUCACUUGUAGUGCUUCUGGUUGUGAGCGCAAUUGGAGUAUAUUUGAGCAGAUUCACAGCAAAAAAAGGAAUAGGCUGGUUCAGCAACGCUUAAAUGAUUUGGUAUUUGUGAAAUAUAAUCGUGCCUUAAAACUUCGGUAUGAUGCACGUGAUAAGAUUGACCCCGUCUCUCUGGCAGAUAUUGAUGAUAUGUCUAGAGAAGAGCGAAUGGGGGCAGCGCACAAGUGGCUGGAUGAGAUCCGGUAG